GAGAGAGAGAGAGAGGGAUUCCAGCACCAGGGAGAGAGAACAAGUGUAACAGACCCCUCAAAACCCCCCUGAAACCGACAACUGAAAUUAACAGCGCAGCCUGGACACAAGUUUACAAGAAUCCUAGUUGCAUCUUUUAUUUUGAAGAUAUAUAUAUAUACAUGUAUACAUGUAGUUAAAUUCCAGGCGCAAGGCGGACAAAUUCGUGGUUGGACGGAGAUGAUCGAAGACGACAUCAGAUCGGAAAUGUCAGGGAUUCUGAGGACAUCCGAGCCCAGCCUUCAACUCCCAGCUCAGGAAUACAGUCCCGGCCUCUUGACCCCUGACCCUUCCCAGCUGAGCGAAGAAGACCUCCCGAGCGACCUUCAGUCGCUGUCAUGGCUGACCUCCGUCGACGUGCCGCGCUUGCAGCAGAUGGCCACCGGGCGCAUGGACUUCAACCUCAACGCCCACAACCCGGCGUUAACAACACAAACAGGUCUGGUACUCCAUGGCAUGUCGAGCAACAUGACCCCAACCUCAGUGCAAGGGACCAUGAUCCAGGUACAGGCAUCCGUGCAGCAAGGGAUCCUGAGAAUGAACGCCAUGCCAACACACGGGCCAAAUAUUUCUCAGUACUCUGUGGCAGGGCAGCAACAGUCUGCGUUUCAGACACAACAACCCCUGUACCAGACUCACGCUCAGCAACUGUACAGCCUCUCACAAUCUGGUCCGCAGUGUCCUCCCGCCAAUGUCUACAGCCCUUCCUACCACGCACAGUCCCAGUAUGUGCAGCCCCAUCUUGCUCCAAACAGUGACCAGGAUCUACAGCCCAAGACAUACCCCAAACCCAUCUACUCCUACAGUUGUCUGAUUGCCAUGGCAUUGAAGAACAGUAAGACCGGGAGUCUGCCAGUCAGCGAGAUCUACAGUUUCAUGAAGGAACACUUUCCCUACUUCAAGACGGCUCCGGACGGCUGGAAGAACUCGGUGAGGCACAACCUCUCGCUGAACAAGUGCUUCGAGAAAGUGGAGAACAAACUGAGCGGCUCGUCACGCAAGGGCUGCCUCUGGGCCCUGAACCCGGCCAAGAUCGAGAAGAUGGAGGAGGAGAUGCAGAAGUGGAAGCGGAAGGAUCUCGCGGCGAUCCGACGGAGCAUGGCCAACCCAGACGAGCUGGACAAAUUGAUAACCGACCGGCCGGACAACUGCAGGAGGCCGUCAAAGUACGCGGAGCGGGCUGUCCACUUGCCGACGCAGGGCGCCAUGACGUUGCCGCACCUGCCCCACCAGGCCAUCCCCACCCUCUCCCUGCACUCGCUGCCCCUGUUGCACCAGCAGCUGCAGCAUCAGCACCAGCACCAACACCAGCACCAGCACCAGGCCAGGAUCAGCCCAGACUCACCAGCGCCAGGCCAAACCCCCCCGCUUCACGCCAUGCCCAGUGUGAGCCACAGCCCCGCGCCCAUGCAGGCUGCCAGCCGGGCGGCACCCACCGACAUCUUCUGCCUGACCGGAGACAUGAGCACCGACGUGGAUGCCUUGGACCCCACCAUCAUGGACUUCGCCUUGCACGGCAAUCUAUGGGAAGAGAUGAAAGAUGAGAGCUUUAACCUGGACACACUGGGUGUGUUUAGCACGUCGCCGCUCCGCCUCCCGGACUCUCCCCUCGGAACGGUCAGCCUCACCCCCGUGUCGAGCGGCAGUGAGAAUUCGUUCUCCGACCUGCAGUUGACUGGUCUAUACACCACCUACGCCAGCCUGGAGACCGUCCCCACCCAGUACCUGAACUCUCAAGGCAACAAACCCAUCGCGCUGCAAUAAAGACAAGGGUUGCUGCGAACUGCCUUGAACUAUUGGCAACGAGCAGCUUUGACAAUAACCGGUGGGUCAAUGCAAGAAGAAGUCAAUACCUAUACACACAAAAGAGUUGCCACGCCAUUUUCAUGAGAAAUAGGCAUGUUUAACUCUUAUUUUCAGUGGCUUCACUGUCGUAUUGCAACCUCU